UUCAUUCUUCUUGGCUACUUAAGACUGUCGAUGUGGCUGUAGUUUUUUUUUUAUACUCAAGUAUUUAUGAUUUUAGUACUAAAUAAAGUCGUCAUGGAAGUUUUAUGUUUAUUUGUAUUGUUUAUGUUCAGCUUUGCAGAGGCGGAACAGGAAGAAAGGCUUCCAAAUAGAUGUGAAGUGUGCAAGUUUUUGACAGUAGAGCUGCAGGCGACUUUGGAAAAGACCGGCCGCUCGAAAGAGGUCCUGGAGCUUGGAGAAGUGCUGGACACUGGAAAACGCAAACGCAAAAUUAAGUACAACACCUCGGAAACAAGAUUAACAGAAGCUGUGGACAAUAUCUGUGAGGGAAUACUGCAGUACAGUGUCCAUGCUGAGAGACCUGGGAGCCUUCGAUAUGCCAAGGGCACCAGUCAGACCAUGAACACACUGAAGAACCUGGUUAAUAAGGGGGUGAAGGUGGAGCUAGGCAUCCCCUAUGAGCUGUGGGAUGAGCCGUCAGUAGAGGUGGCAGAGAUGAAGAGACAGUGUGAGACCAUGUUGGAGGAAUAUGAGGAGGUGGUAGAGGACUGGUACUUCAAUCACCAGGGGGAGAGACUGGAGAAAUUUCUGUGUGAAGCUCACGUCCUGACAGAUUCAGAGUCAGAAUGUCUAAAAGAGGUGUGGAAAGGAGACUUGGGUGUGAAGGGAUCAACUGUAGAGUCGGAGAGCAAGCGAGAGGAAGAUGGUCAAACACACGAUGCAGGAGAACUCUAACAGCAGAAACAUGGCUGACAGAUUCUGACAGCUGGGCUUUUCAGUCUUCCGUUUAGAAUGUGUCCUGAAAAAGAAAAGUCAUGCCAAGAGACCAAUGAACUGCGAGAAGUGUUUACAGGAACUUCUUCAUAUAUAUGCUGGCUACUAGUCAAUACUACAUCGCUUUAAAAAAAAAAAGAAAUAAAUAAAGCAUCCACCUCAAACAAAGACAGUGACAGUGUUCUAGCCAGUAAAGUGCUAUACCUCAGUGUGGCCACUCAUUUGUAAAGCAAGGACUUUUGUUUAAAAAAUGUUUAUCAUGCAGUGCUGCCAAUAAUGAAGUCAAUCCAUGCAUAAUGCCUUUGUUAUAAACUGACUGUGUUGUGUUUAAGAUCUGAACAUACACAACCCUUCAUGAGGAUUUGUAUUGACUUCAGUGUGUAAUCGAAUUCUGUGUAUUUUAUGGUUUCAAAUAAAGUAGUUUUUAUCAACACUGUA